AUGGGGAGCAAUCAGUCAGUUCUAAAAGACAAAGGCUACACAAUAGUGAGUGAAGAAGAGAAUAAAACACUGUUGAAAAAUGAAAGUGGUGAUCAGUUUGUCAUUAAAAAGCUGAACGCUAACCAGGAUGAUGUAUCAAAUUUUCUCGAAAAGCUCAAACAUCCGCACAUAGUUCAGCAUAAGGAAACCAUCAAAGAUGAUGACUGUCUGCAUCUUGUAAUGGAGGUCUGUGAGGGUGGAGAUCUAACUCACAAAAUCUAUCAUGAAAAGGAAAGAACUGUUGCAUUUUCUGAGAGUGUAUUUUUCACUGCAUGUGGAACCAUUCAUCUGGGAGAAUUUGGAAAGAUUCAUGAAUGGUCCAAUGAUGCACAAACAACAAAAACUGAAGCUCUCUCAUACGUUCCUCCUGAGAUUUUAAGCAACAGACCUUAUGAUGACAAAUCUGAAAUCUGGAGUCUGGGCUGUAUCAUCUAUGAGAUGUGCAUGCAGAAGUGUGCUUUUUCAGGAAGAAACACAGUUGAGAUUAUUUCAAAGAUACUGAGCUGCUCCUACAAAGCUCUGCCAGGUACCUUCUCUGAGGACCUUCGUCAGCUGGUAAAAGAAACACUUCAGGUUAAUCCAGCGAAUCGACCGUCUGUCAGUGAGAUCUUGAUGAGGCCUUUCAUUAUUAAACACCUUUAUGAAAAGGUAAAGACACCUGAAGAGGCUAAAGUCAGUCUAAAGGUACUGGAAGAGCUGGCUGAUGGUUUGGAGACAGUCCACUACAACACAACGGUUGGCAGUCUCACAGGAGGAGUAGUAGGUCUGGCUGGAGGAAUCACAUCUAUUGUUGGACUUAUUCUCACUCCUUUCACUCUCGGAGCCUCUCUGAUUGUAACAGGAGUGGGAAUCGGUGUGGCUGUCGCUGGUGGAGUCACAGCUGGUGUGAGCAAUGUAACAAAGAUGGUUAACCAGCUUUCAAACCGCCAAAAGAUCAAAAUGAUUAUUGCAGAGUUACAAGAAAAAAUUGCCUCCAUAAGCUGCUGCAUCCAAAUCAUCCAAAUAGCAGUGGAAAUUGAACAAAUGAGAUUAAACAAUAGCAGAAUAUCAUUGUCCAAUGCACAGUCUGAUGAGAAUCUGUUUGCAAGUGCUGGAGCUCGACCUGGACGAGGGCUGGGAGGGAUUCCAGAGCUCAUACGUUUAGCUGAAGUCGCAAGUAUUGGGAAAGUUGCAGCUCAGACCGCAAGAUCUGUUCGUGUGGCUGAAGCAGCUACAGGGGUUCUGUCUGGACUUUUUGUAGCUGUUGAUUAA